AUGUGGUCAAACCAAGCAAGCCGCUCCACGCGGAAGAAGUCUAGCGACUACGACUUGGACGAUCUCUCCCCUCGCCCUGACGACCCCUUUUUAAGCCACCGUGCGCCGCAGAACCACAGUCAACCAGCCUUCCGACGAGGGACUUCGCCGUCGCCAUCCCAAUCUUCAGCAUUCAGUGACAAGGCAAGCACGACUAGGUCGACAUCUAAGAACAAGAAACCUCGUGGAGUUAUGUUCGCUGGGCCGCCACCGCCCAUAUUCUCGACCCAAGUCUUGCAGCGAGAUGACAGGGAUCGAUACUCUUCCUCCUCGCCAACGUCACCGCUCGAGUUCGGGGUGUCUUCCAUCGCCAAAGUAUCAACGGCGUCUUAUUUGACAAGGGGGGCUCUACAGCCCGAGGUCGAGAUGACGUCCGCUUCGAACAAGACACGUUCUGGCGCAACCUACAACACCGCGAACGGUUGA